UGCUAAGUAUUUGAAGACAAUAAUAUCACUGAGUUUCUCACAUUUUUUUCUGUCCUUUUUGUCUUGUCUCUUUUUUUAACCUUUUUUUGAAUAUAUUCAUCACUAUAAUCUGUGAUACUCUUGCAUCACAUUUACAACUUCAAGUAGAUAUGGACCUCCGAUGCUAUGACCUUAUAUGCCAACUACCAUGAAGCAUAUGUGAGGCACAUAGGAAAAGAAAAAAAAUACCACUUGCGACCUGCAUCUUUGGAUUUGUAACUGUGAAUUUAAUGAACCCAACUUAUUUGAAUUAGAAUCUACAAAAUCGGAAAUUUUAAAAUAUGCAACUGUGAUACCCAUGAUGAUAUUCUGUUUUUGAGAUAUAUGUUUCAGAGUUGUUUUAGGAAUGAAAUUUGGACUCCUUCCUGGAGUGUUAGGAGGACUGUUGGUGUUAUUUACCUAGCCUAGUUUUAUUAGGUAACCUAAAAGUAUUAGGAAUUCUCCUUUUCCUAGCUGUUGUAUAAUUAUCUUGGCCUCUAUAAAAUAAAGGCAUUGUAAUGGUUGUGAGGCAGAAUAAACGAGAUAAUAACCUAGACACCAGCGCUCUCAAUCCUUCCCUAGAUUUCUCAACCCCCUUUUGCGUCUCUGAAUUGUGAUUACGUGUCGCCAUGGCAUCAAAACGCAUCUCGAAGGAGCUCAGGGAUUUGCAGAGAGACCCGCCUACCUCCUGCAGUGCUGGUCCCGUGGGCGAGGACAUGUUUCAUUGGCAAGCAACAAUUAUGGGACCUGCUGAUAGCCCAUAUGCAGGUGGUGUUUUUCUAGUUUCAAUUAAGUUCCCUGGGGAUUAUCCAUUCAAGCCUCCGAAGGUUGAAUUUAAGACCAAAGUAUACCAUCCAAACAUCAAUAGUACUAAUGGAAGCAUUUGUCUUGAUAUUCUUAAAGAUCAAUGGAGCCCUGCGCUAACCAUUUCCAAGGUGCUGUUAUCUAUAAGUUCUUUGUUGACAGACCCCAACCCUGAUGAUCCUCUUGUCAGUGAGAUUGCAAACAUGUACAAGACUAACAGGGCCAAGUAUGAAGCCACUGCUAGCAGUUGGACACACAAGUACGCCAUGGGCUAAAGACACAGGAAAUUUGAAGCAUUUGUAAACAAUGACUUUCCUGUCUUGUGUUUUAUAUUUGUUCUAGGAGUGUUUUAUAUUUCAGAUUUGUUUUAGGAAUAAAUUUCAGUCAUUCCUGGAAUGUCAGGAGUUAAGACUGUUGGUGUUAUUUACUUAGCCCAGACUUAUUUGGUAACCUAGAAUUAAUAGGAGUCAUCCUUUUUCCUAGCUGUUUUAGAAUUAUCUUGGCCUCACAACUUUGUUUUGAGAUAUUAAUAAUAUUCUUACCUUCUUGUUUUCACCUUCUCUUCUGAAUUUAUCUUCUAUUAUUCUUCCCUACUCUAAAUAUCCCUGUUUUUUAUUCCCUUUGUCGUCUUCUUACUGCCUCUACAUCAAACUAUCUAAUUAUUUGGUUUUGCCCAGAAAUGGGUGAAUUUAGGUGGCUAAGUAGUUGUUAAUGGUUAUUGACUAUUAUCUGUUUGGGAGUGUUAAGUAACAGAGUUGGACUUAUACUGUAUACCGGGUCUUACCAUUGUUAAUGAAUUGCUAUCCUUGUAUAUGGCUUAGAUAUACAUGGUACAGAAUCAGUUAAAUUGGAUUUUGUUUACUA